GAUCCAUCUUAAAAAUGAUACCAGGUUCAGAAAAAUUGAUACCCCGAAAAGGCAAGAAAAAUGCUGUGAAAGUUGUCAGUUUUAUAAUGGGACCCUUUGGGAAUCGGAAUUAGUGUAAUAUAACCUUAAAAAAGCACAUUUACUGCAAUGUCAAGGUCACAUGGAUUCGUCUGCAAGCGAGACAAGUAGAACAUGAAUUUUAAUGAAUGUUUUGAUGAUUUGGGUGCUAAAAUAGAUUAGAGAUGUCAAUAUUUUGGUUCAAAUGGAUGUUUUAGGUGGUUUUGGACUGUUUCGGAUGGGAGGGGGACCUGGUAUGGACAAAGUCAGCCAGACCAUGAUUGAGCUUAAGGAUUGUGCUGCGGAUGCAGCCUGUGCAGUUCCGGGAGAAAGUCACUGUCUUGGGCAUUGCGGUCUGGUAUCAGGUCUGGAUGAUCCUUGCCUGACUCCGGGUUUGUGUACACCUCAAUCCGACUCCCUGUCCGGUACCGAGGCCGCAGUGGUGCAGCGCUUGUGGACGAUCCAUCAACAUCAUGAAAGGUCAACACUUCACCAAGCUGGGAAAAUUGAUCUUGAUAGUCAUCCCCAGGUAGUGAAAUGAAUGUACACUGAACUACAGAGGAAUCACACUCAAAUGACUUUCCCGACAUUAGUGUGGCCCCUCGGGCAGGAAUUCCUUAGCAAACAUGCUUUUUUGCAUGGGGACUGUGGCAUUUUUGCAAAAGUUAAGCUUUCAACACUGGAUUUUAAAGAGAACACUUAAUAAAAUGUAGCCAACAGGACUUAUUUUUAUGAGAGAGACUAUCUGGAUGAGCAACAAAUGUCACAUUGUGUAUUAAGCUGUUGAAGGAGCGAUUUGCACCAUUCUAAGUGUUAAUUUUGGGUAGCAGGCUUGUAUCGGCUUGAAAGCUGCGAAUUAUUCCUCUCAUCAUA